AUGUUCAUCUUCAUUGCAUUUCUUUCUUCUAACCUAGAAUUAUUUUCAGAAACAAUUGCUGUCGAAGGAAAACCUACAUAUAAAAACAAACCAAAACCUGAUAGUGGUUCUGCUCUCAAAACUGUCAUCUCGACGUCCACUUCUCCGAAGGAUUCGACAAAAGGAUCAACAAUGGAGAUGGCGCAGACAAAAAUUAAUCCUGAACCUGAGAAAACCCUGGAAGAGACAGUCCAAGAAAAAGAUAUCUCCAAAAAUGAUCAUGACAGGCAGACUGUAGCAGAAUCCGACGCUAUAAUGAGUGAAGCUUAUGAAGACGAUUCUCCUCCUCAUCCAGGAUUAAAUGCUGCAAAUAAGGGCGAUGACACUGACAUGGAAACUGGGGUCGAAGAUGACCAUGAAGAAGAAACUGCUAAAGAUGAGGAUGACCAGUCGAAACAACCAGAUGCUGGGCAAACUUUAGGGCGAAGCACUCAACCCGCUCCUGACCAGACCAAAGGAAGUGCCAUAUCAACUGGUUCGACUGGUUUCUCUCGUGAAGAGCUUGAGAGUCUCAAGUUGCAGAAACCCUUAGAAUAUCUGAAGGCCAUGCUUAGCGCUCGUCACAAUUUUCAAGAUUCUUCGCAAAGCAGUUCAACUACCUCUGGGGCCACUUCUGAAGCGCAAUCUCUUGACAACAUCUUGACCAAGAUUAAGACGAAAAUCCUUGAUGUUGAUUUGUUCAAAGUUUUAGAAGAAAGCGCCACUGCUCAUAUUGAACUCAAGAAGAUUUUGAAACAAAUAAACGUCUUGGAAACUUCUGCUAAGGCUGUUUCAAAGCUGCAGCAACUUUCUGAAACUUAUAUCAAAGAAGUUGCUGCUUGUGAUGAUAAUAUCCAGAAAUGGGAGAAACAAAUAGCUGUUCUUCAAGAAAAAAUCUCCCAAGAGAAAAAGCGCAGAGCAUCCAUACAACAACCUAAGCAAAAUGAGAUUGACGACGAAUUGAAGGUGGGUAUUCGACAUGCAGAAAGGGCUCAGCAACUUAGUCAGGAGAUUGAGACUCUCUCUACCCACAUAAGCCUUUAUGAUCAUCAACUCCAGUUUCAGAAAAAGAAAUUUGCCACACUGAAGGAAGCUUUUGCUAGUAUCAAUUUGUAG